CGCCGCGGGGCUUGCCGGGCCGGCCGGGCCGGGACAGGCGGCUGUCUCCUCACCACAGCCACCACCGCCAUGCUGGCCGCUCGCCCACCCAACUGGGGGCCCCAUCGCGCUCCAGCCCCCCGUGGGCGCGCCAGCCCUGACCCGGGUCUCAGCGGCGGUGGCAGCCGAGGUGCAGGAUGCGAGAAGGCGCCCCCCGGCCGGGCUCCCGCUCCAGGCCUCGCUCCCCUGCGGCCCUCUGAGCCCACCAUGGCUGUCCCACCGGGCCAUGGUCCCUUCUCUGGCUUCCCGGGGCCCCAGGAGCACACGCAGGUGCUGCCGGAAGUACGGCUCCUGCCGCGGAGGCUGCCCCUGGCUUUCCGAGACGCGACCUCGGCCCCGCUGCGUAAGCUCUCCGUGGACCUCAUCAAGACCUACAAGCACAUCAAUGAGGUGUACUAUGCGAAGAAGAAGCGGCGGGCCCAGCAGGCGCCACCUCAGGACUCGAGCACCAAGAAGGAGAAAAAGGUCCUGAACCACGGUUAUGACGAUGACAACCACGACUACAUCGUGCGCAGCGGCGAGCGCUGGCUGGAGCGCUAUGAGAUUGACUCGCUCAUUGGCAAAGGCUCCUUUGGCCAGGUGGUGAAGGCCUAUGACCAUCAGACCCAGGAGCUGGUGGCCAUCAAGAUCAUCAAGAACAAGAAAGCCUUCCUGAACCAGGCCCAGAUUGAGCUGCGGCUGCUGGAGUUGAUGAACCAGCACGACACAGAGAUGAAGUACUACAUAGUGCACCUGAAGCGGCACUUCAUGUUCCGGAACCACCUGUGCCUGGUGUUCGAGCUGCUCUCCUACAACCUGUACGACCUCCUGCGCAACACGCACUUCCGCGGCGUCUCGCUCAACCUGACGCGGAAGCUGGCGCAGCAGCUCUGCACGGCGCUGCUCUUCCUGGCCACGCCCGAGCUCAGCAUCAUCCACUGCGACCUCAAGCCCGAGAACAUCCUGCUCUGCAACCCCAAGCGCAGCGCCAUCAAGAUCGUGGACUUCGGCAGCUCUUGCCAGCUCGGCCAGCGGAUCUACCAGUACAUCCAGAGCCGUUUCUACCGUUCGCCCGAGGUGCUCCUGGGCACUCCCUACGACUUGGCCAUUGACAUGUGGUCCCUGGGCUGCAUCCUGGUGGAGAUGCACACUGGAGAGCCCCUCUUCAGUGGCUCCAAUGAGGUGGACCAGAUGAACCGGAUCGUGGAGGUGCUGGGUAUCCCACCAGCCCCCAUGCUGGACCAGGCGCCCAAGGCUCGAAAGUACUUUGAGCGGCUGCCUGGGGGCGGCUGGACCCUACGAAGGACAAAGGAACUCAGGAAGGAUUACCAGGGCCCCGGGACACGGCGGCUGCAGGAGGUGCUGGGCGUGCAGACGGGCGGGCCCGGGGGCCGGCGGGCGGGGGAGCCGGGCCACAGCCCCGCCGACUACCUCCGCUUCCAGGACCUGGUGCUGCGUAUGCUGGAGUACGAGCCCGCCGCCCGCAUCAGCCCGCUGGGGGCGCUGCAGCACGGCUUCUUCCGCCGCACGGCUGAUGAGGCCACCAACACGGGCCCGGCGGGCAGCAGUGCCUCCACCUCGCCCGCACCCCUCGACACCUGCCCCUCCUCCAGCACCGCCAGCUCCAUCUCCAGCUCCGGAGGCUCCAGUGGCUCCUCCAGUGACAACAGGACCUACCGCUAUAGCAACCGAUAUUGUGGGGGCCCUGGGCCCCCCAUCACUGACUGUGAGAUGAACAGCCCCCAGGUCCCGCCCUCCCAGCCGCUGCGCCCCUGGGCCGGGGGGGAUGUGCCCCACAAGACACAUCAGGCCCCUGCCUCUGCCUCGUCACUGCCGGGGGCUGGAGCCCAGUUACCCCCCCAACCCCGAUGCCUUGGUCGUCCCCCAUCACCAACCUCACCACCACCCCCGGAGCUGAUGGAUGUGAGCCUGGUGGGCGGGCCCCCAGACUGCUCCCCACCUCACCCGGCACCCGCCCCCCAGCACCCGGCUGCCUCAGCCCUCCGGACUCGGAUGACGGGGGGUCGUCCACCCCUCCCACCCCCCGAUGACCCCGCCACCCUGGGGCCUCGCUUGGGCCUCCGUGGUGUACCCCAGAGCACGGCAGCCAGCUCAUGACCCUGCCCCCUCCCUGGGGCCCCUCCUGAAGCCAUACCCCCCCAUCCGGGGGCCCUGGGCUCCCAUCCUCAUCUCUCCCCUUGACUGGAAUUGCUGCUACCCAGCCGGGGCGGGUGAGGCCUGCACUGAUCGGGGCCUGGGGCAGGGGUUCAAGGAGAGGGGUUGAGGCUCACCUCCCCACUAAGGACUGGACCCUUGGCCCCCCCCUCUCCCCUUGUUUUCUAUUUAUUGUACCAAAGACAGUGGUGGUCCAGUGGGGUGGGGGGAGAUCCCCCUCACCCCAGGGCCCUAGGAGGGGUGGGGGCAGGUAGGGGGAGAUGGCCUUGCUCCUCCUUGCUGUACCCCCCAGUAAAGAGCUUUCUCACAUGCCCGCCUGAGCGUUUGCAGGCCCUUGGCUCCCCUCACCCCGCCCUCAGAGUCAUGGGGAACGGUGUUUGGGGAAGGGGUGCUGGCAGAGCUUUGUGGUUGGGGUGAGGCCCCGGUCCCUGGGGGAGUUAUGGCACAGAUAUGGGGUUGUAGGAGGCAUGGGGUUGUGGAAUCUUAGACAGCGAUCCUGGAUAUAUGCUCCUAGCCCUCACUGGCCUUUUCUCGGAUAAACUGAGACCUUGAAAGGUAAAGGGCCAGCUGUCUAUGGGGAACAUCAGAUUCUGUCCUGAUAAGCCAGGGUUUGCACAGAGUCUGCACAGGCGUGGCUCAUUCUGCCAGGCGUUCAGAAGGUGCUGAGUUUAUGUAGCAGGCCUUAUUGGUGCCAUCUGGGGGAUGGCAGGCAGCAAUGGGAACAGAAUUUACAUUCCCCCCACCCCCCACCCCAUUCACACACGCACACGUCUUGUCUCACUCUUUGGAAUCAGUGCUGAGCAAAAUGUUUUAGAUUCUCAGGCAAAAAGAAAUUACCGGGGUUCCAGGUAAGUGGGCCUGUUUCCAUGGUAAUUUGGAAAUUUCUGUCCCCCAACCGGCCAGUCAAGAGCCCCCAGGUUCAAAGGCUACUGGUGCGCGGCGCUUUCUGGGAAAUGGCGUUCUUGGCACUCCUUUUUCCCGGUUUUCGUUGCUGAACUACAGAGCCCAGAGUUCUUUUCGCUCACGCGCUUAGCGGCUUCCCAGGCAGCCACUCGGCAGUCACAGACAUCCAGGGCCCGGAUGCUGGAGGCGGGCUGUAGAGGAGGAGAAGGCAGUGAUUGGGUGGUUUAGGCCAGACUCUCCGGAGCAUUGAGUUCUCCAGUCUUGCGGCAGGUGGGUUGCGCGCUGUGCUGGGAGAGCGUGCAAGUUAGGCGUUCGUGAUCUCGGAGCAGGAGGUAAGCGGGGAGGCCCGAAGUUGCCCCACAAUAUGGGGCAUUGCUGGCCGCUCUGUUGGGUGCGGCUCGAGGCCCAGUCGGUAGGAGAGACGGGCAAGAGCCCCGUUAUGGAUCUGAAUGUGUUCGCUAACGGAAGCCGCUUGGAACGUGGAGAAAACCCGGUCCAGCACUGGUAGGGAAACCUUCCUGGGGGAGGAGGUGCUGUCUGAACUGAGACCUGAAGACGGAGGAAUGUUUGGGGGUGGCGGUAGUGCGGCGGAAUGGCUUGCGCGAAGGCGGUGAGAAACAGGUGUGUGAAUGAAUCGCAGGUGAUUCGUGUUAGUGGAAAUCUUAUUGAAAAGGGCUGUGUGAAUUAGGUCGUGGAGGAUUUUGUUGGCUCUUUAGGGAGCUUGGACUUUGUCCUGAGGGCAGUAGGGAACCUCGGGGUAAUUUCCAGAAGGGAAGGGACCCAAUUUGCUGCCAGCUGCCAGAAGAGAUUGACGGGAAAGACUAGGGUCUGGGAGCCCAGGAUGGCAGCCGUGGUGUCCUAGGCAAAGAGAUGCCAGGAUUGUACCAUGACAGGGCCCUUGGAUGGGAGGGGAGGAUGGAUGUGGGUGGAGGAGACUUCCCGAAGGCCGAGUUCACAGGCUGUGUGGGAGAGGGAUCUCUCUAGCACUAUAGAACAGAUUUUGGCAUAUCAAAAAUGCUUUAAAAAAAAAAAAAAAAAGUAUUUUUUGAAUGAAUUGCCAUAGGAAGGAGGUACUACUAUGAUCUCCCUUUUGCAAAUGAGGUUACUGAUGGUAGAAAAAACUAACUUCCCAAGAUAGGGUUUCCCUGGUAGCUCAGCUGAUAAAGAAUCUACCUGCAAUGUAGGAGACCCUGGUUCGAUUCCUGGGUCGGGAAGUUCCCCUGGAGAAGGGAUCAGCUACCCACUCCAGUAUUCUCGGGCUUCCCUGGUGGCUCAGACGGCAAAGAAUCUGCCCACAAUGCGGGAGACCUGGCUUCGAUCCCUGGGUUGGGAAGGAGGGCAUGGCAAGCUACUCCAGCAUUCUUGCCAGGAGAAUCCUCAUGAACAGCGAUAUGGUCCAUGGGGUCGCAAAGAGUUGGACAUGACUGAGCAACUAAGGACAGCCCGAGAUGACGUGGCCAGGAAGCAGAGGGCUGAGAGUCUGCGCAAGGCGCACGAUGAGCCUCAGGACGUCAUGGCAGUCAGACCAUCUAAGUCCUGAAGGGAACCUGUGAUGAGCAUAGAAACCUACCCAGAACCUCUCCCCUGACCUGUUGACUGACUGCCAGCAUACCUCUUCUUGAAUAUCUAAAGAUGCUGAAAUCCUGGUCUUUUCCCCAAAACGUAUUUCUCCCACAUUCUCAUUAAAUGUCAGCUCCAUCCUUGUAGUUAUUCAGAUCAAAAGCUUUGGAGUUGUCCUCGACUCCCCUCUUUGUCUUAUACCCUUGUCCCGUCUAUCAGCAAAUACCCUCAAAGUAUAUUCAGAACCUGACCAUUUCUUCCCACCUCCACUCCUGUCACCCUGGCCCUGUCCACACUCAUCUCCUGCCUAGACCAUCAGUGGUCUCCUUGCUCCCCACUGUCUGUUUCUCACUUGCAGCCAAAAGGACAUUCUGAAAGCCUGCAUCUGGUCCAUCUGGUCACAUCCCCCCCCCCCCCCCCCAACCCCUUGAUUCCGUGUGGCUCCAUCUCACAGAAGGUAGAAACCACAUUCCUGUCUGUGGGUGCAAGGCCCUGCAUGAUGUGUCCCUGUUACCCGUCUGACAUCAUCCACUCCCCUCGGCUUAUUCCCUCUGCCCCAGCCACACUGGCCUCAGGACCUCUGUACUUGCUAUUCUCUUUACCUUGAACCCUCUUCUCCGAGAGAGUCAAGGCUCACCUUCAUCUCCUUUAGGUCUUUAGUCAGAUGUUACCUUCUUCUGGAGGUUUAUCCUAACCACCCAUCUAGAACUGGAUCACUGAUACUCAAAUCUGUCCUCUUUAACUUGUUUAUUGUCUGUCCCCCCCGAUAGCAGACCAUCAGGGCAGAAGCUUUUGUCUACUCCAUGCUUUUUGUCUUAACACCUAGGAGAGCUCUUGACAUGUAGUACAGACUCAGUAACUAUUUACAGGAUGAAUGGAUGGGUGACUUCAUAGUAGUUGCCAAUCCCAGCAUCCUAGGAACUCUGCUGAUACCCUGUGCCCAGGGCUGCCUGAAAAUUUGCUGAGGUCUCCGACAUCCAAGGGGCAUUUCAUCUUGCCUCUGCUUUGUGCUCAGAAUUGAGAAUGCUGCAGAGAACAAAAGUUUCCCUAGAGAACUCACAGUCUCAGGGGUGGAGGCUCAGAUUGUUAAUUUAUCACACAUGUAUGAAAUUACAAAGUAGAGUGUUGUGAGAACACUUGACAGGAUGUCUAAUCUGGACCCUAGGAAAUGAGGUUUGAGGUGAUGAAGGAAUAUUAACUCAAUCAAGUGUGUGUUUGUGAGACUUGGAAUGUAGAGCCUGAGGGGGAGUAAGAGACCAUGUGGAUCCUGUAAGGAGUUUGUGUCUUAACCCCAGGUGCACUGGGAGGUUGUAGAAGAAUUUUCGUUUUGGGUUUUUUUUUUCACACUGUGCCGGCUUGCAGGAUCUGUUUCCUGACUAGGGAUUGAACCUGCGCCCUCAGCAGUGAAAGCUUGACGUCCUCAUCACAACCACCAAGGAAGUCCUGGGAAGCUGUAGCAUUUUAAACAGUGGAAGGAGGCAUGAUCGGUUAUGUGUGUUGCAAGCUCCCUUGGGCGUUGUGUGGGGAACUGGCUGUAGGGGAUUGAGGACUGAAGUAGAGACACCUGUGAGGAAGCUGAUUGCCUUGAAGUUAAAAUGGCUGCUACUAAGGGAGACCGUGUGUUCUUCCCUGUUUCUCCCGUGAAGAGGUGGAGUCUCCUCCUCCCGUUUAAUCUGGGCUGGCCUGUGAUUUGUUUUGACCAGCAGAAUGCAGUGGAAGUGAUGCUGUGCUGGUUGGGGGUGCCUGGGCCUUAGGAAGUGGCAGCUUGUGCUUUUUGCUCUCUUGGAGCCCUGGACCACCCCCUGGAGAGAGAUGCGGAAAGAGGCAGGCCCAGCCAGCCCCCAGCUGACGUGCUACAUCAGACACGAGUGGUGCCAUCUUGGAUCGUCUAGCCCAGCUCUCUGCUGACACCACAUGGCGUAGAGAUGAGCCGUCCCGAGUCCCCUCGCCCCUCAGAGCCUUGUCCAAAUUACAGAAUCAGAGCAAAUAAAUGGUUGCUAUUUCAAGCCAUGGUGUUUUGGGGACUUGUUACCUGACAAUAGCUAACUGAAACAGAUUUUUUUUUUUUUUUUGAGAUCUGACCAUUUUAUGUAUUAGUAAUAAGUGUAAUGAGAAGUGUUAAGUUGCUCAGUCGUGUCUGACUCUGUGACCCCAUGGACUGUAGCCUGUUAGGCUCCUCUGUCCAUGGGAUUAUCCGGGCCAGAAUACUGGAGUGGGUUGCCAUGCCCUCCUCCAGGGGAUCUUCCCCACCCAGAGAUUGAACCCAAGUCUCCUGCAUUGUUGGCAAAUUCUUUACCAUCUGAGUCACCAGUGAAGUCCAUAUUAUGUAUUAGCUCUUUUAACCCUCAUAGUCACCCUGUGUGGUAGUAUUAUUAUUGUCUUUAUGUGUAUUAGAAAACCAGGGCACAGAGAAGUUAGUGGAGGACUAACACAGUGAUACACACAGUGAGCGUGUCAUAGCUAUUACCAGCAUCAUGCUCACCAGCGUUAAAACCUCCAUGAUGGUUAAAGAAGGGGUCAUAAGAGGAAUUAAAGUGUUAAUUCGCCCACUUACUAGCGAUAUGGUUUUAGGUAAGUGAUUUCACCUUUCCGAGGCUCCAUUUCUUCAUCGUAAAGUGGAGGUUAUACUUGUCAUCUCAGAAGGUUGCCAUGAGGAGCACAGGGUCUGUCAGAGGGCAGACUCCUAACCCACGGCAGGGAAGAGGAUCACGGCUAAGCAUGCACCCAGGUGGGCUGUGGCCGCAGGGUAAAGCCAUUUUCUCAGAAGGCCUAGUGGAGAGAUAGGCGUCAGGUCCUUGGGGAUGUUGUUGAAGUGCUGGGUCAGGCCACAUCUGAAAUGAGUUACUUCAGGACUUUCUUAUUAGGGGAUCCAAUAAAGCUUUUUUCUUUUUUUAAAUCAUUUAAACCAAGUUGAAUAGGGCUUUCUGUUACUUGGGAGCCAACGUCUGGAUUUUGUCAUUUGUUGAUUCAUCAGAUAUGCAAUACUGUUUCGGGCAUUGUUUUAGGUGCUGGUUUUAUAAUAGUAAAUAAGACGCUCAAGAGCCCUGUCCUCAUGGAACUUAACAUUCUAGCGGGGAGAGGCAGAUGAUUUUAACAAAAGUUAGUGUUGGUGAAAGCCAGGGUAAGGGGGAUAAAGAGCGACAAGAGCUGCUAUUUUAGGUGGAGGGGUUAAAUGAGCUAUCUCAGAAAAUGCGAUUGGAGGAGGGACCUGACCAAAAGGGAGGAAGCCAGCUGUGCGCCUGUUUUGAGGGAAAAAACAGCAAGUUCAGAGGUUCCGUGAUGUGCUCAGCGAGUAGGAGCAGACCGAGCCAGCUGGGGGGGGGGGG